AGUAGUAGUAGUAGUAGUAGUAGUAGUAGUAGUAGUAGUAGUAGUAGUAGUAGUAGUAGUAGUAGUAGUAGUAGUAGUAGUAGUAGUAGUAGUAGUAGUAGUAGUAGUAGUAGUAGUAGUAGUAGUAGUAGUAGUAGUAGUAGUAGUAGUAGUAGUAGUAGUAGUAGUAGUAGUAGUAGUAGUAGUAGUAGUAGUAGUAGUAGUAGUAGUAGUAGUAGUAGUAGUAGUAGUAGUAGUAGUAGUAGUAGUAGUAGUAGUAGUAGUAGUAGUAGUAGUAGUAGUAGUAGUAGUAGUAGUAGUAGUAGUAGUAGUAGUAGUAGUAGUAGUAGUAGUAGUAGUAGUAGUAGUAGUAGUAGUAGUAGUAGUAGUAGUAGUAGUAGUAGUAGUAGUAGUAGUAGUAGUAGUAGUAGUAGUAGUAGUAGUAGUAGUAGUAGUAGUAGUAGUAGUAGUAGUAGUAGUAGUAGUAGUAGUAGUAGUAGUAGUAGUAGUAGUAGUAGUAGUAGUAGUAGUAGUAGUAGUAGUAGUAGUAGUAGUAGUAGUAGUAGUAGUAGUAGUAGUAGUAGUAGUAGUAGUAGUAGUAGUAGUAGUAGUAGUAGUAGUAGUAGUAGUAGUAGUAGUAGUAGUAGUAGUAGUAGUAGUAGUAGUAGUAGUAGUAGUAGUAGUAGUAGUAGUAGUAGUAGUAGUAGUAGUAGUAGUAGUAGUAGUAGUAGUAGUAGUAGUAGUAGUAGUAGUAGUAGUAGUAGUAGUAGUAGUAGUAGUAGUAGUAGUAGUAGUAGUAGUAGUAGUAGUAGUAGUAGUAGUAGUAGUAGUAGUAGUAGUAGUAGUAGUAGUAGUAGUAGUAGUAGUAGUAGUAGUAGUAGUAGUAGUAGUAGUAGUAGUAGUAGUAGUAGUAGUAGUAGUAGUAGUAGUAGUAGUAGUAGUAGUAGUAGUAGUAGUAGUAGUAGUAGUAGUAGUAGUAGUAGUAGUAGUAGUAGUAGUAGUAGUAGUAGUAGUAGUAGUAGUAGUAGUAGUAGUAGUAGUAGUAGUAGUAGUAGUAGUAGUAGUAGUAGUAGUAGUAGUAGUAGUAGUAGUAGUAGUAGUAGUAGUAGUAGUAGUAGUAGUAGUAGUAGUAGUAGU